AUGGCACCCUCGAUCGUGUCCGACACCGCCCUUCCCGCGGAAAUCCCCGAGUCGAGCCUGACGCCUGCAGCUCAGGCACCGGUCGAUAAGCUUUUCGGGCUCAAGGGGAGGACGAUAGUGGUGACGGGCGGAGCGCGUGGUCUCGGCAUCACGCUUGCUACGGCCGUGGUCGAGGCCGGCGGCGACGUCGUCUGCCUUGACAUUCUGGCCGAGCCGAGUGCGGAUGAAUGGGCCGGUCUGAACAAGCUCACCAAGCUCGCGUCGACGCCGCAGCAUGCCAGCUACAAGAAGUGCGACAUCACAAACGAGGCCGAGGUCGAGGCCGUCAUCCAAGAGGCGGCGCAGGAAGCCACGGCAAGAGGCACCCCCAUCAAGGGCCUGAUCAACUGCGCGGGCAUCCAGCAGAUGAAGGACGCCUUCGACUACCCGGUCGACGGCUACAGGCGCAUCAUGGAGGUCAACGUCGUCGGCAACUUCACCGUGGCCAAGCACGUUGCGCGGGUGCUGAGGGACGGCGGCAAGGGUGGCAGCAUGGUCUUCAUCGCCUCCAUGUCCGGGCAGAUCAUGAACCGGGGACUGCACUGCUCGGCCUACAACUCGUCCAAGGCGGCGGUCCACCAGAUGACGCGCUCGCUAGCCGCCGAAUGGGGCCCGCACGGCAUCCGCGUCAACUCGCUGUCGCCCGGCUACAUCCGCACCGCAAUGACGGACCAGCUGCUGGUGGAGAAGCCCGAGGUGGAGGAGACGUGGAUGAGGGGAGCGGCACUGGGCCGUCUGGGCGCGCCCGAAGACUUCAAGGCCGGUGCCAUUUUCCUGCUGGCCGACGGCAGCGCGUGGCAGACGGGCUCCGACCUGCGCAUCGACGGCGGGCACUGCGCCUCGGCGUGA